AUGUCAGCAUGCCACGUCAUCAAAACUGCCACCCAACGACAAGAACAACCACCAGCGGCUCUUGUUGUCGGCAUUAUCGACGACUAUUGGGAACUCGGAAGACGCCACAACAACUGGAGAUCGGAGGGGCGAAGUCGACGUCCAAGUUACCGCCUCGCUACUGCCGUUGUGGUCAAUUCCGACAAGAAGACGAGGCCACCGAUAGUUGUCGCUGCUGAAGACGAAGACGGAGCGCCUCCUGCCGUCGUUUCUGUCUCACCUUCUCUUCGUCGUGCCGCUAUUGUUACCGAUGGUGUUGCUGCUAUCGUCACUGCCUUAUCUCAUCACCACCAGUCACCAUGGGAGGUGGCUGUGAUUUUGUGUGGUCAUUUAGAUGGGUUACCAAAUGUACCAUCAUCAAGAUACCGAAACUCGAAUGUUCAUGAUGCCAAUAUUGAAGAUGGUUAUCCGGCUAAUUGGAUUGGAAAAGACUUUGAUGAUCAAGAUUAUGGAGAAGAUUCAGAAGAAGAUUAUAUAGAAGAAACACCGGCAUGGAAUGUCAUACUAAGUGAUGAAUCAAACCAAGAAGAUGAGCCACAAGAACAACAACCUUCAAAAAAACGAAAAUUUGCAACCCCACAAAAACGAAGACAACCAAAAAAACCAACACAAACAAAAAAACCACCACCACCACAAAAAAGAACACAAGAAAAAUACCCAACAAAACCAAAACCCAAAAACAAAAAAAAGACUCAAAAAGAGUUAAGGGACCGGAUUAACCCAACUAGACGAGGUGAGGGUAGAGAUAAUUGUACCGCUCCUGUUUGGAAAUACUUCGAGAUAGAAUGGAUAAAGGAGGACGAUGGAAUUGAAAGAAAGUGGGCCGAAUGUAAUUAUUGUUUAUAUUUACUAGCUGCGGAUCCAAACUGGAAUGGGACAACGUCAAUAAAUAAGCAUUUUAAUGGGUGCAAGUUAAAUCCAGACAACAUACCGAAAGAAGUUGAUGACAAACAACAAAAGUUGUCAUUUACGAAAGCUCCUAAUGGUGAGGGUCAUGUAUACACAUGGAAACAUGAUGAUACUAGGAUCCAACUUGUCUUGCUAGGCCUUUUCACCAUCGGCGAACUACCAUUUAAAUUCAUUGAAAACGAGGCAUUCAUAGAAUUUGUGAACGCCCUCAAUGGUAGGGUGAAAUUGCCUUCAAGGCAUAAAAUUUCUCGUGAUGUUGUGUCAUUCUAUUUAAUGGAGAGGCAGAAGUUGUACAAACAUUUAAGCAACCCCAAAACAGCCAUCCACUUGACAACCGACACGUGGACAUCCUCGUAUCAAAAGAUAAAUUAUAUGGUUGUCACGGCCCACUUCAUUACCGAAGAAUUUGUCAUGCACAAAAGGGUAGUCAACUUUAGAGAGGUUGAUACUCACAAAGCUGAAGACAUGGCCCGGGAGUUGCUAAUUUGCAUAAACGAGUGGGGGAUGAAGAAUGUCAUGACGAUGACCGUUGAUAAUGCCAAGACAAAUGACGCGGCAAUCAACAUCAUUGUGAAAGAACUACCGGAUAUUUACGAGAAUGGCAAACAUUUUCACAUUAGGUGUAUGGCUCAUAUCAUAAACCUAGUUGUGAAAAUGGGGUUAAAACACGAAGUUUAUCAUGUAAAAAACCUACAAGAUGCGGUGAAAUACAUUAGAGCCUCCCCGCAACGGAUCAAGACCUUUAAACAAGCCAUGAAGGAUGCGGCUGUAGAAAGUCAAAGGUUUUUGUGUGGUGAAACUCCAACAAGGUGGAACUCUACCUUUGAAUUGCUAAGAUCAGCGUACGAUGUGAAAGACACAUUUCUCGAAUAUAGCCAUCAAGAUCCAAUGUUUCAGAAAACUGUGGGAAGGGUACCAUCACAUUCAGAUUUUGAGAUGAUUAAAAAGAUGAUGGAGUUCCUUGAGAAGUUUAAGAAGAAAACUGAAAAACUUUCGUGUUCAACAAAGCCUAUCUUCCAUACGUAUACCCGGGAGAUCUUAGAUAUAGAGCAACAUCUUAGGAAACAUGAAACCAACCCGGAUUUUAUGUUUAUGGUACCGGAUAUGAAAGAUAAAUAUGACAAAUAUUGGGGUGACUAUGAUACUAUAACCAAGAACAAAGAUAAAAAGAUGUCCGCUGGUGAGAUAGAAUCCAAAGCACGUGCAAAGGUUAUUGAUAUCGAAUGCAAAUUGGAUAAGUUUUUCAAGACAUACUUGGAAAGGUCAAACAUGACCUCAUCGUCUCAACAAGAAACUCCCGAAGAAGUUGUGAAUUUUGAUGACGAAAACAAAUUCUUUGGAAGCUAUAUGACUUCGGGAAGUUUCCCCUCGACUUCGUCAGAAAGUCAAUUGCAACGAUACUUAAACGAGGACCCAAUCGGAUUUGACAAAGGAUAUGAUAUCCUCACAUGGUGGAAAAAUAAUGCGGUGCGGUUCCCGAUCGUUGCUCGAAUGGCAAGAGGUAUCGACCUUCUUUUACUCUAA